AAAUGUUAUUGUCAUAAAAUUGUUGUGUCAAAGCGUAUAUUUAAAAUAUUCUCUAAGAAAAUAAGAAUUAUGGGUGAUACCGACGAUACCCAGAUUGAAAGGUCAGUGAAAGAAACAAAGAAAAAGAACGAGGGGUUAGAAAUGACAAAAAAUAUAAAAGGAAUGUUAUCAAAAGGUGCAGAGUUCAGGGGAAGGCUUACGUAAAUUACAAGGAAAAUGCUGUAGAUGCAAGAAAGCUUGGAGACGGAUACCAGCAAGUUUGCAAUCAGCAAAUUCUUUCGGUAAAUAUGUACUGACCAUUAUUUUUUUUAGUUGUACAAUGAAUUGCUUUGAACAAUUGAACGCUGAUAUAAAAAAUGCGCUUUUUACUCGUUUUCAUGCCCUUAGAACUAAGGAUGAUCAGGACAUAUAUUUGCAAGAUCUUUUAGACGUAGUUAACAUUAAAAGAAAAUCUCAACCACAAAAUCCAGAGAACUCAAAGGGAAAAACUUGUUCCUUCCAUCAUUAUGUCCCAGUUGAUGGUAAACGAAGAAACGUCUGUCAAAAAGUAUUUCUUAGUUUGUUUAAUAUUGGCGUCAAAAGGUUGAAGCGUUUAAAAGGUCUUCUAAAACAAAAAAUAACUCCAUAUGACAAGCAGGGACAAAAUAUAAAAGGCAAUGCUAUUUCAAAAGAGAUCAACGUACUAAUUCGCCAGCAUAUUGAAUCAUUCCCUGUUAAGGAAACUCAUUACAGCAAUAAAACCUAUCUAUAUCUUGAUGCUAAACUCAAUAUGAAAAUUAUGUUUGAUAUGUUCAAAGUAAAGUAUUCAACAACCAAAAUUCGAUAUUCUUACUUUGUGAAAUAUUUUCAUGAGUAUUUCGACAUUCACUUUGGCCGUCUACACGUAGACACUUGUUGCAAGUGUGAAGAACUGCACCUCAAAAUAAAAAGUUCCUCGCUAGGAGAUGCAGCUAAAAGAGGAGCAGUAAAUAAAAGAAGAGCAAAAAAGUUUUAUUUGUCGUUGAAGGAAUCUACUGAUGAGUGCAAGAUUCAUGAUGACCUGGUCGUAAUAACAUUUGACUACAUGCAGAAUGUUCACUUACCUGAAGUUCCAGUCCAGGAUUUAUUUUAUCUAACACAACUAACAGUCAGUAUUUUUGGUAUACACGACUGUAAGACUGGCAUUCUUUUAUAUUUACCAUGAAGGUGUUGUCAAUAAGAUACCAAACGAGGUAUGCUUGUUCCUGUGGGACUAUAUUCAACGUGAAAUUUUAGAGAAUGUCCAGGAAUUACGUCUCUAUAGUGAUAAUUGUCCCGGGCAAAACAACAUAAUACGCGUGUGUGUAGCAUUAGUUGAAACUAAGAUUUAAAAAGUGGAACAAUUUUUUCCAAUCAGGGGGCAUUCCUUCUUGCCUAAUGACCAAGACUUUGGUGUCAUUAAACGACGUUUAAAGCGAUCCGAUCGUAUAUUUUCUGUUCACGAAUACACUGAAAUAUUAAUAAUAACUUUAAGUGCGCAAAAAAGUUUUACUGUCAUGGAAGUUUCAGAAGAAAUCAUAGAUUUUAAGCAAUGGUGGCCCAAAUUUUAUAAAAAAAAAUGUUAUGUCUCUGGAAACUUCAGACAAAAAUACACCCAGGGCACAAAAGCAACCCUUUUUUGUAUUGCAAUUUUGCCAUUUUCGUUGUAACUCAGAAUCUCCUGGAUAUGUCAUGUGCUCAAAUUUAUUGGAGGUCAGACGAACCAUGCUUUUAAGAUCCAUAUGCCAAGAAAUUUCGAAAGAGAUCCUCUUAGAAUGCCUAAAAAAAACCGCAUCAAUAGAAAGUUCCAAUAUUGGAAACAAAAAUAACGGAUAUCGGUAAAGCGAUGUCAUACGUUCCAGAGGAAUAUCACCCAUUCUAUCAAGAUAUUUUGGAAUGGCCUACAAAAGUUUCCAAAACAAAGCG